AUGGGUCAUACAUCAAAAUCAAAAGGUGGCAAUGUGUGCAUGAGCUACACGACAGAGAAAGCGGAGACUCUGAUGAAAGAGUGCUAUGAGUUGGUGAAGGAGAUAAGGGACAUCGAGGCCGAGUGCUUGUGUUACAUCAUGCAGCAUGCCAACAUCGGCAUCGACGUGAUCAAGAAGGGGAAGAGGGACGAAGAGAGAGAUGGAUUGAGCAAAAAAAAAUUCUGA